AUGGCAUUGCCACACUUGCCAGCAAAUUCAAUUGAACACCACCAAAAAAGAUUUUUCAUGCAGUUGGGCUUCAGAUUUAUUCAGGAUUUAGUAACGGACUAUGAGCUGGAAGCAGAAAUAGACGUGUUGUUGGGGUACUUUAAGCGAUUUUGGUUGAAUGUUGUAGGUCCAUGGAAUUUUGCGGUGUAUCGCUUAAGGUACCAUACCGACAAUUUCAUAGAAUCCUACCAUGCUACAUUAGUCAGACUCAUGGGUCAACAUCCGCCACUGUAUUAG